AUGGGGAAACUCUAUGAAACAGCUAAUCUAAUUGUUGACUAUGCCAUGCAUUGGGGCAAAUCAGAAAAUCAAUCAUAUUCUACCAGUUCCCGGCUUCUGCCUUGUUACACAUCAGAUGAAAGUCUUGACAAUCAGUCUAAUAAGAAAACAUUACAUCCAGAAUUUAGCAAGAAAGCAAAUGACUUGCUUAUGAUAGACAUCUGGAGCAACAGAACCAUUGGCCACAAAAACCGGUAUGUCAAAGUUCCCCGGGGUCACAUCUGGGUUGAAGGUGAUCAUCAUGGACACAGUUUUGACAGUAAUUCUUUUGGGCCGGUUUCCCUAGGACUUCUACAUGCCCAUGCUACACACAUCCUGUGGCCUCCAGAGCGCUGGCAGAAAUUGGAAUCUGCUCUUCCUCCAGAGCGCCUGCCAGUUCAGAGAGAAGAGGAAUGA